UUAGAGAGAGGGAAUGAGGGAGAAAAAUGGCGUCUAGCAGAGUCGAGAGUUUCUGAACUGGGAUGGUGGCGCUGCCGAUCAGCGACCCUUCAGCUUUAUAUGUGCCCGUGAUUAUUUGUUAUCAAUCGGUUGCCGUUGCUUUGUAAAUCUCCCCGCCCCUCCCCUAAACAUUGCUCAGCCUUGCUGCCUUCCCUGGGGCUGUCUUUGGUGCCGCCCUCUCCCCACCCUUCAGGCCGCUGUUUUAUUCCUAUGUUACCGCAGCCUGCGAGCCCCGCGUUUGGUUGCUCUACAUGUCGUUGUGUGGCUAUCGCGGUGCAACAACAGCAACUGAAAGUGCUAUCGUCAACCUCCGAGUGUGUGCGAGGUUCACGGCAGCAGUACUGCCACCGUGCCCUUUACUAUCUCCCUCGUCGUCAUGACAGGAGAGAAGGCGGAAAGGAUUUCCAACGGUCGCUCGGUGCGUAGGGAUCACAGGCUUUUCAAAGAGGAGACUGAGGCUGAGCAAGACGACGAAGCGACUAGGACUAAAAAUCGGGCUAAACUCUUUGCGAACCACAAACUGAUCAAGAGCCCGGCUUCCACCACGGAGGCGGCAGCGGCCAGGGGCGAGGAUUUUCCAGUCCACGAAUGCGUCUUUAAAGGCGAUAUCCGUAAAUUGUCGUCAUCGAUAAGGACUCACAACAUAACUCAAAAAGAUCUCCACGGAAACACACCCUUGCACCUUGCUGUGAUGUUAGGGCACAAAGAGUGUGCCCAUUUACUUUUAGCUCACAACGCGCUUGUAAAGGUGAAAAAUGCUCAGGGAUGGAGCCCUCUUGCAGAAGCCAUCAGCUAUGGCGACCGACAAAUGAUUACAGCUUUGUUGCGAAAACUUAAGCAACAGUCAAGAGAAAAUGUAGAGGAGAAACGACCUCGAUUACUCAAAGCUCUAAAAGAGCUGGGAGAUUUUUACUUAGAGCUUCACUGGGAUUUUCAAAGCUGGGUGCCUUUACUCUCCAGAAUUCUGCCUUCAGAUGCUUGUAAAAUUUACAAACAGGGUAUAAACAUCAGGCUUGAUACAACUCUAAUAGACUUUACUGAUAUGAAAUGCCAACGUGGAGAUUUAAGCUUCAUUUUCAAUGGUGAUUCUGCACCUUCUGAAUCUUUCGUAGUAUUAGACAACGAGCAAAAAGUUUAUCAGCGAAUACACCAUGAGGAAUCAGAGAUGGAAACUGAAGAAGAGGUGGAUAUCUUGAUGAGCAGUGAUAUUUACUCAGCAACAUUAUCUACAAAGUCGAUUACCUUUGCACGAGCACAGACUGGCUGGCUUUUCCGAGAAGAUAAAACGGAGCGAGUUGGGAACUUCUUGGCAGACUUUUAUUCUGUAAAUGGGCUUGUUUUGGAAUCCCGAAAACGGCGUGAGCACCUUAGCGAAGAGGAUAUUCUAAGAAAUAAGGCUAUCAUGGAAAGUCUGAGCAAAGGAGGAAACUUAAUGGAGCAAAAUUUUGAGCCUGUUCGAAGACAGUCACUCAGUGCUCCCCCUGCCAACACAAUCACUUGGGAAGAAUACAUCUCAGCUGAAUCUGGAAAGGCUCCACAUCUUGGAAGAGAACUAGUCUGCAAAGAGAGCAAAAAGACAUUCAAAGCCACAAUAGCCAUGAGCCAAGAGUUUCCUCUGGGCAUUGACUCAUUACUGAAUGUUUUAGAAGUCAUAGCACCCUUCAAGCACUUUAAUAAACUCAGAGAAUUUGUUCAGAUGAAACUUCCACCAGGAUUUCCUGUUAAAUUAGACAUACCUGUGUUUCCAACCAUCACUGCCACUGUGACAUUUCAGGAAUUCCGUUAUGAUGGGUUUGAUGACUCAAUCUUCAAUAUUCCAAGAGACUAUACUGAGGACCCCAGCCGUUUCCCUGAACUUUGAUCUGGCAGCCUGGUUAUGAUUGGAUGAAGAGAAGUACAAGGUGCUGUGUGCUUAUUUUCCCCCUUCAUGAAUUUAACAUCUUUCUUCCUUGGUGAUACAAAGCUAUCAUUUGGAGAAGUUUUAGAGCAUUCCUAAGUGGAAGAAUGUAAAGUCUUACAGAAAUAGAUUAUAUGGCUUUUUGUUAAUUUGUAAAGUCCUUUUAUUAAAUUCCUGAUUUUAAAUUCAAAAUGUUCUAUUUGUAAAAUAACUCUUCACUAUACAUAUAAAUAUCAUCUGGUUGCUAAAAUUUUCAGAGAAUAUAUACCCUGAAAAAUUGACUACAUGAAAAGAGGAAACUAUUAGAGAAUGCAUGCCAGUUACUUCCUAAAACAUCAAGCUGCUGCUUCACUUGUUUCCAGAAUUGGUCUGUUAUGAUUUUUAUAUUUAUUUGUCACUCCAUUUUUGUGUACUUUUUGUGAUAUUAGUUUUUUAAAACACUAUUAUAACUACAUUAUUUUAGUUUUACAAGUUUCAGCAAAAACAGAAGAUCUGUUCUUAAAGAAUAUCCUUCAGUCAGAGGGAAUGUUCAGUGUACUAUAUGAUGGUUGUCCAGGGAAAGAUGAUGGUUUGUUUUACAGUUGAAUUUUGUUUAAUUAGCAUUACAAGAUUCCAUAAGGGAAACAUAGUUUUUGAUGUAACAGCAAUUACUGUAUUUAAAAAGAAUCAAUGUGCAGCAAGAUUUCAAAGUAGUGGUACUCACAAAUGGACUACUUCAACUGGAAUUGCAUGGAACUUCCAGCAAGAUUUAAAAGUCUGUUUGGAUAUAAUGUAGUACUACAUUGUUUAGCUAUGUCUGAUGAUAAUUAUCCCUGAUGACAACACAAAUGGCCAGUCAAUUUCUGUUGAAUAGUGAUGAUUCCUAACCUUUUCCAUGUGGGGAAAACUUUGUGUAAAUACACAGCUAGGCUUCAGCUGAUGGGAAAUGUUGUUGUAUUCAAUUCAAUUCACAACUCUACACAAUUUUGAAGUAUUUUUUGUAUAAAAUAUUUUUUAAAAACUAAUAAAAUCCAAAUGUUUUGCAGUUACUGUUCAUCCAAACAAUUGUUUUGUGGUGAAUAGAAUUGUUCCAGUUUAAUUGAUGCACUGUAUAUAACCACAAAAGUAAAUAUUUCUUUCAAAAUACUCUUUUCAGUUUUAAAGUUAGAAGCUUGUAUAACCACAUUGAAAGAUGAAAUAGGAUUAUCCAGGUGAGAAUUGUCUGAAGGCUACCUCACUUGUGGAACAGAGAAAUGUGACUCAUUUAUAGCCUGAGUUAUGUGACAUUUCUUACCUUUUAAUUGAUAUAUUUGUCUUAUUCAUGACUGCUGACCGUGUGAGGUUUGCAAUUCCCUUCAAGUCUUAGACAUUACAAGUUAAUUGCAGGGAAUUUUAUUGUACUCUUUACUUGAAAGGUUGUGUAAAAAAAUAACAUUUCAAAAAUUAUUAGAAUCUUUCCUCAAUACUUACAAAGAUGGGAGCAUGAAGCAAUGAUUAAACACGUCAUGAUAUGAAAAUAUUAAAUUGGAUGACUAGAGUUUUUAAAGAUAAAGUAUCAUAUUAUUAUAUAUCAAUAUCUUAUGGUAUUGAUAUGAUCUAGCAAAGUUGUUUACCAAAUGUGCUUUGUACAAAUAAAUAUAGUUUAAAAAUCCAGUGCAUUUGUGCUUGUUUUCUUUAAAUUGUUUUUAGAACUUUUAUAAAGACUGAGAAAUUAGCAUAAAUUUAGUAACUAUUGUUACUAUCGAAGACUUGUUCAGUUAUGAUUCAUUUUGAGUGAUUUUUUUCAUCUAAUUGUAUUUUUCCUAAUUGU